AAUUUACUAUCAAUUUGUUCAUCAAUCCAUAGCUAAAGCUGCUUAUUCAUCAAUAUGGCUAAGAAUUUCAACUUUGUGGCCUGCUCUCUUCUUCUUGCUUUGUUUUCUCUCUUUCUUCUUGCUCCUCCCUCCCCAUGCCACUCUCUCAUUCUCAAAUUUUGUAAGUUCAACGCCAUAUAUCAACUCGGGGACUCGAUUUCUGACACGGGCAAUCUGAUUCGGGAGAGCCCUCAGUCUCCGUUUGCUCGGCUACCCUAUGGAGAAACCAUCUUCAACAAGGCAACCGGGAGAUGCUCAAACGGGUUACUAAUGAUUGAUUAUAUUGCUCUAUCGGCUGGUGUCCCCUUGCUUGAUGCCUACUUGAAUCUGAACGCAACACACAGCCAUGGCCAUGGAGUGAAUUUUGCGGUUGCUGGUUCAACUGCUUUGCCUGUGAAUGUUUUAUNUCCGAACUCAAAACCAAGAGCCACAGAACUACUACUCCUCCCAGUCCCAUUAUCAUCCGGUGAUGAUGAUGAUGACAAAACUGGAUAG